AUUAUAAUUUAAUAGUACUCCUAAAUGCUAAUAUUAUUGGGCUAUAAAUAUAUCCCUCGAUUUGCUCACUCCUCCGUUGAUGUGUGUGUUCCAAUAGCGUUAGGUCAAGGCGGACUACUCUCGAUCUCACAUCGUCUACGACUCUACGCUUAGGUGCUAAAAUGGCGGCAGCAAUCAGCCUCCGCAAAGGGAACACCCGGCUCCCGCCGGAGGUGAACCGCGUGCUCUACAUUCGGAACCUUCCGUUCAACAUUACGAGCGAGGAGAUGUACGACAUCUUCGGCAAGUACGGGGCGAUACGGCAGAUCCGCAUUGGCACCAACAAGGACACUCGAGGCACCGCCUUCGUGGUCUACGAGGAUAUCUACGACGCCAAGACCGCCGUCGACCACCUCUCCGGCUUCAACGUGGCGAACCGGUACCUGAUCGUCCUCUAUUACCAGCAGGCGAAGAUGGGGAAGAAGUUCGACCAGAAGAAGAAGGAGGAAGAAAUCCAGAAGCUCCAGGAGAAGUACGGCAUCUCCACGCCCAAAGAUAAGUAGUAAUUCGUUUCAUGUUCUGUGGAAAAUAUAUAGCUUAGUAAUAUUGAAUAUGUGACUUUGUAAUAUGCUAAUUGAAGCAAACUUUACUUUUUUGUGUUAAUGAUGAUAUGGAUUUCUGAUUCUUGCA